GCAAGUCUUGACAACGAAGAAAAUGAGGACAUGAUAACUUGUCUCAUCGAAAAUGGACUUGAUCCAGGUACUUAUGCUAACAUGAAAAAAGACGGGACUUUCAAUGUAGAAACUAUUCUGUCUAAUUCUGCAUUUGGGGAAGAAGGCAAUCGAAAACUUGAUGGUAUAGUGAACAUAUGCAAGCUUCAAGCUGGAAGUGAUAUUUGCAAGUUAGCAAGAUGCUAUCAGGAUCUUAAAAAAUCGCCGAAUUGAUAGAAAUUCAUACAAUUAAUAUCGUCAUUUAAAAUUAUAAACUUAAAGUAAUAAAAAUGUUCAUGAUUUAUUUAUUAUUUACUUAU